CAGACCGUGUGCGAGAAUGCAAUUUUGUUGGUGUGUUAUGUACCACAUUGGGAAGCACCCUAUGAGGAGUUGGCGAGUAGAAUGGACUCGGGAAUGGCAGAGGCGUGUCUUGAGUCAUCCUCCUCAGUCGUUGUCACCACCGGUCCUUGGGAUGGAGCGAGGUGCUGUCUUAGGAAGGCGAUCCACUUGGAGGAGCGUGCCCACGACUUCUCAAAUACCAUUGCAUCCAGCUCUGCCGUUACCGAUCUUUGGAGAACUAUGUUACUCAAACUCUCUGCCCGCAGUCCUGCCUCCCGAAAUACCACACUCAACACACCCUACUGCGUCCAAAUAGAUCUUGUCAACGACUACUCUGCUGACUGCGGUAUCAGGAUAUACGACAUUGGAGGUGGGCGAACGCGGUAUCAGGGAACAAUUGAGAUUGUGAUGGAGGAGUCCCUUCUCAAUCCCGCCAGAGACUUGAGCCUGACAUUUUCCUGCAUUGACCACAGACUUGCGAGAGAGCGACGCGAUGAGAUGCUUCAGCGCAGACAAACCAACGUCAACGUCAGCAUGGCGAUUGUGAACAAGCACCUACAAGAGGUGGAACAGGUGAAGGAGGGCGAAAACAUUUCACUUCGGUUCAGCCUUCACCCCAGCAAUAGCGACGCACAAGAUUCUAUCGCAGUGGAGAGUUGUUUUGCCUCGAUUAGCGGCUCGCAGUUUUCUUCCCCCUCCAUCUACUCGGGUUUUCUCAUUUAUGCGGCAGGAUGCACAUCGAGCAACAAGGCGCAUCGCAUUCAAUUCGAGCAGUCACAACUUUCGGGUCGACAGUUGCAGACUCAAUUUUUCCAAGUCUUUCGAAUUGAGAACUUCAACUCCCUCUUCAUCCGAUGCUUCAUCAGGUACUGCCCCCAAUUCACCUUGUGCUCUGUGGAGGAUCUGGACUGUGCCAAUUUGGUAGAGACCUACAGCUCAAAUAAGCGAUGGGGUGUCAAGUAUCGUCUCUUCGACCGAUGGGUGCAUCUUAACGUCGUACCCUCGCAAAAAAAAUCACUGGUACUGGCGGGUCGGGCGGAGGGGAAGGACAGAGCAAACUUGCAACUGAACCCUCAAGGGGAAGAGAGAGCUGUUGGGGAUGGAGCGGGACCCUGCAGGUACGCCGUUUGCCUCACACAGCCUCAACUCAUCUCCGUCUCCGCCAUCACUUCCAUUAUCAUCGUCGUGGUGCUCGCCAUCUCACUCAUUGCCCUCAAGCGACAAAACCAAAGCAGACGUACCGAAAUGCUGGCCGGGAAAAAGGCACGCUACUUGUACUUGAUUCACAAUCUUCGUCCGAAUUGCGCCGCCUAUGAAUACGUUAAUUGGUCAGUGCCGGUUACCAGCCGAGAAUGGAGUAAUCAAACCUCCAUGUUCCAGCCCUUGGUGCUGCCUGACUCCACAAUCCAGCGCAACCCUAUGGCAUCCAUCGCUCCCAGCGUCUACUCCAAUCCUCAGGCGCGGAGCACUGCAUUCAUUCGUAGUCCUAACAAUGCAAUCAAUCUCUUCCAUACUGCAGCCGCAUUGGAGACGGAGUCCAAGUGUCACGGUUUCGCUGAAAUAAAAUGCACGCCCACCUCCGAGGCGAGUGCACGAACCGUCUCCCACCCUACCGCCAGUGACACAACAGACACGAAAAACUUUCCCAGUGCCAUCAACGAGGCGGGAUCCUUUGAGUUGCAACCCUUUGAGCUCUACGGGCCAGAAACUCAAGGAUCAGUGGGCCUCUACGCUCCAUUUCUGUGCAUUCGCGAGGCGAGUACUAUAAAAAAUGACACUCACAGCACCGACUGUUUCAUGGUUGCCAAUAACAAGGGUGGCCUUCAGGAAUGCAUUCCCUCUACUAAGGCACAGUUUCUUUUGCACAAAGCACCGUCUAGUAGCUUACAAGCGGUGCCAGCGCAUCCGGCAACGCUCCAGCAAAUGUACACUAAGCCUAAUAUUGGUCGAAUUGAGAUCGACACAACCGCAAUCAAGCACUUUUCUCCCAUGAAAUUCCUUACCGAAUCUGAGGAUGGGGUUAAUGAGCGAGGACUCUCCCCUUCCCCCCAUAAAAUCCUGAGCGACGAACAAAAUGUUUGA